UGAUCUGCCACUGGACAGUCUUGUUCAAUAACAACAGUGGUCCUUCGUUUUUUCUCUUAUCAAAUAAAUAUUCAUGUUGAAUACUUUUGUACUUUUCAAGUGCUAGUGAUUGUAUUUAAAGUGGUUUGCUUUAAAUUGUAUUUACAUUUUUAACAAGCAAACACAUUAAUUUCAAACACUUUGUAGCAUUGCAUUUUGCAACUUGCAUCAGAAGUUUUUAUACAUGGUUGUGUCAGACUGUACACUGCUGGAGGUAUCUACUUGUAUGUGAGAAGUUCUGCAAGUAACGUUACAUCAUUCUUAGCCAUUUUACUUUAAUGAUGAUUCAGAUGCAAGCAAUGGCGGAUUCUCAAGUCGCUGCUGUUUGGAAAACUGGAAGUCGAUUUCCUGGUUCUUCGUCGUAUAUAUAGUAUUUGCUAGACAGUCUGAUAGACAGUCGUUAGUUUGUCUUUUGUAAUUUGUUAGGGUGCAUACUGUAAGUCCUGCAUAUCGUCUCCGGGUACUCUUUGCACUUAGUUUCAACUUUGUUGGAGAGUAACGGAGAAGAAAUGCAGCAAGAAGGGAAACCAAAGUUUCUGAAGUUCCAUCAAAACAAAGUUAGAGGAGUUGCCUUCAGUCCUCGGGACCGCUACCUUUUCUGCUCGGGUGCUUACGAUGGCAAGGUCAAUCUUUACUCGGCUCUCCGCAUGGAGCUGCUCAUGUGUUACCAGAUCACCACCAUGACCCUCGCCAGAAAUGUCAAUGCAGUCCGCUUCACAUCGGAUGGCUCAAGGAUCCUGGCAGCGACAACGGCCCGCCGCCUGGCAGUGGUGGACGUGGAGAGGGGGGAGCAGCUGUUGGCCUAUGACAACUGCGCAUUCAGCGGCCAGGACCGCACCGGAUUGGCGGCCGACCCCACCCAGCCCAACAUGGCCGUGUCGGUCGCCGUCAACGGAAAGGGGCUUACUCUGCUCGAUCUGCGCAUGCCCCUGCCACUCGACUUUGUCUACGAUUUGCACGGCAGCAUAAUCCGUGACGUGUGCUUCCUGGGGGGCGGCUGGCCGUGGGGCGGCUGCAACGGCCUGCUGAGCAGCUCGGCGGAGGGGGCGGUGAAAGUGUGCACCCUGGACGGUCGCCUCCUGCACACGUACCACGCCGGCCACUCGGUGAACACUGUCUGCCCCACCCCCGAGCCCUACCACUCGGCGCACGACGACACCGGAUUCAAUAGUGUGAUAAUGAAUGGUGGUGAUAUUAUAUCAGCGUAUGUGCCAGAUACCGGAAACCAAGAAAAACUAAAAGAAAACAAAGAUAUGCCUGUAUGGAAAUUGAGGUACACAUCACAGGGCAGUCUUUUGUACUCGGCAUGUGAAGGCGGAGUGUUGAGGAGGUAUAGGAGAUAUCCAGAUCAUCAUGAAUAUCUAGGAGAGGUGUUGAGGCAUAAAGGAGAUAUACAGGAUUUCGACAUAUCACCCUACGAUGAGUGUAUCCUUUUAUGUCUUAUUACUUUCCUUGCCCUAUUACCAUAGGUAAGGAAAGUAUUGCUUUCCGAAAAAAUUA